CUCGUAUCGUUACGGUCGUCAUAGUCUUGGUAAUGACUGUUGUAUCGUUGGUCUGUAAAGCACUUAGUUAAAUUUUCGCGCACAUUAGUGAUCCGAAAGGCGGGCAAAUACGGUGGUGCAAACAACAGUGAGACAGUUUUUGGACCUAUUAGUAAACUAUAGCAAGAGCACGAUUUAUGAUAAAAUCAAAAUUCAAUUAGCAUUCGUAAUAAGAUGAAACAUAUUAUUGGCCUAACGGUUUAUUUAGGACUAACAACGUAUUGCAGUGCAAUCGGUGUUCCUCAAUGUCCGGAACCACAUGGCGAACAAGCUUAUCUGCAUCCAGAUCACUGCGACCAAUUUUUCUUGUGUACAAAUGGCACACUGACAUUGGAAACAUGUGAAAAUGGUUUAUUGUUUGACGGAAAAGGAGCCGUUCAUAAUCAUUGCAACUACAAUUGGGCUGUUGAUUGUGGCGAUAGGAAAUUUGUCACCGAUCAAUCGCCUAUUUCAACGCCGGGAUGCGAGUACCUGUUCGGAAUAUAUCCAGAUAGCGCGCAAUGUUCUACCACGUAUACCAAAUGUGCCUUUGGAGAACCACACUCAGAACAUUGUGAUGCAGGCCUAGUUUACGAUCAUCGUAUUCACGGUUGUCAAUGGCCCGAUCUAAUGUUGGAUACAUGUAAUCCUGAGGCUGUCAUUGGAUUCAAGUGCCCGGAAUCUGUUCCAUCAAACUCGAUCAACCAUCGUUUCUGGCCAUAUCCAAGAUUUCCAGUUCCGGGCGACUGUCACCGGCUUAUCACCUGCGUCGACGGUCAUCCACGUUUAAUCACCUGUGGCGACGGAAAGGUGUUCAGCGAGAAUUCUUUAACUUGCGAAGAUCCGGAAGAUGCUCCAUAUGCUUGCAGACACUAAUAACAUUUACUCAAUUCUUGUUAAUGCCGUUCAUUGGACACGUUGCAAUUUUUUUGAACCAAAUGUUUAGGAAUUUUUCGCGUAAAAAAAUCGAUAACUUCAGAUACUUGAGAAAAAGUAAACUUUCAAUCCAAAUAAAGCAAAAAGUUACCAA